AAAAUAAGAAAGAGCAUUUCAUAUCCACAAGCAGGAAGUACACUUCAUACCUCUCUAAGAUAAAAGACCUAUUCACAAUCAAAAUGUCCCUGCAGAUGGUAACAGUGGGACAUAACAUAGCCUUAAUUCAACCAGGUUUCUCACUGAUGAACUUUGAUGGCCAGGUUUUCUUCUUUGGCCAAAAAGGCUGGCCUAAGAGAUCCUGUCCUACUGGAGUCUUUCAUUUUGAUAUAAAACAAAAUCAUCUCAAACUGAAGCCUGCAAUUUUCUCUAAAGAUUCCUGCUACCUCCCACCUCUUCGUUACCCAGCUACUUGCUCAUACAAAGGCAACAUAGACUCUGACAAGCAUCAAUAUAUCAUUCACGGAGGGAAAACACCAAACAAUGAGCUUUCUGAUAAGAUUUAUAUCAUGUCUGUCGCUUGCAAGAAUAACAAAAAAGUUACUUUCCGUUGCACAGAGAAAGACUUAGUAGGAGAUGUCCCUGAAGCCAGAUACGGCCAUUCCAUUGAUGUAGUAUAUAGUCGAGGAAAAAGCAUGGGUGUUCUCUUUGGAGGACGAUCAUAUAUGCCUUCUACCCAGAGAACCACAGAAAAAUGGAAUAGUGUAGCUGACUGUCUACCCCAUGUUUUCUUGGUAGAUUUUGAAUUUGGGUGUGCUACAUCAUAUAUUCUUCCAGAACUUCAGGAUGGGCUGUCAUUUCAUGUUUCUAUUGCCAGAAAUGAUACCAUUUAUAUUUUGGGAGGACACUCACUUGCCAGUAACAGACGCCCUGCCAACUUGUAUAGAAUAAGAGUAGAUCUUCCCCUGGGUACCCCAGCAGUGAAUUGCACAGUCUUGCCAGGAGGAAUCUCUGUCUCCAGUGCAAUCCUCACUCAAACAAAUAAUGAUGAAUUUGUUAUUGUUGGUGGUUAUCAGCUGGAAAAUCAAAAAAGGAUGGUCUGCAGCAUUGUCUCUCUAGGGGACAACACAAUUGAAAUUAGUGAGAUGGAGACCCCUGACUGGACCCCAGAUAUUAAGCAUAGCAAAAUAUGGUUUGGAAGCAACAUGGGAAAUGGGACAGUUUUCCUUGGCAUUCCAGGAGACAAUAAGCAGGCUAUGUCAGAAGCAUUUUAUUUCUAUAUGUUGAGAUGUUCUGAAGAUGAUGUGGGUGAAGAGCAGAAAACCGUCUCAAACAGUCAGACAUCAACAGAAGAUCCUGGGGACUCCACUCCCUUUGAAGACUCAGAGGAAUUUUGUUUCAGUGCUGAAGCAACCAGUUUUGAUGGUGAUGAUGAAUUUGACACGUACAAUGAAGAUGAUGAGGAUGAUGAGUCUGUAACCGGCUACUGGAUAACAUGUUGCCCUACUUGUGAUGUGGACAUAAAUACUUGGGUUCCAUUCUAUUCAACGGAGCUCAAUAAACCUGCCAUGAUCUAUUGCUCUCAUGGGGAUGGGCACUGGGUACAUGCCCAGUGCAUGGAUCUGGAAGAACGCACACUCAUCCACUUGUCAGAAGGAAGCAACAAGUAUUAUUGCAAUGAGCAUGUACAGAUAGCAAGAGCAUUACAAACUCCAAAAAGAAGCCUCCCCUUACAAAAACCUCCAAUGAAAUCCCUCCACAAAAAAGGCUCUGGGAAAGUCUUGACUCCUGCCAAGAAAUCCUUUCUUAGAAGGUUGUUUGAUUAGUUUAGCAAAAGCCUCUCAG